AUGUCGCAUCCGGGUACAGUGACCCUGGUCCUAGGUCCGCCCGGGUGCGGCAAGACCACCCUGCUCAAGCACUUGGCUGGUAUUUUGCACGUCAAGGGUAACGAACAAGUCAGCGGAUCCGUCACGUACAACGGAUGCAAGCCCAGCCAGAUCGACCUGAGCUCUCUAGCUGCGUACGUCCAGCAAAGCGACAACCACUUCCCCACGCUCACGGUUAAGGAAACGUUCGAGUUCUCGCACAAGUGCCUCGUGGGGACGGUGGACCCGAACGACCCGCUCGCGGUGAACGAGCAGCACAUGGUGGACAUCCUCAUCUCGGUGUUUGGGCUGUCCGAGUGCGCCGACACGAUCAUCGGGGACGACAUGAUGAUGCUGCAGCCCCCUCCCGAAGUGUACGACCUCUUUGACAACAUCCUUGUUUUGGACAAGGCGAAGUUCAAUUGUUUGGGUAAAUGGACAAUAUAG